AUAAUGAAGAUUAGUUUCUCUCCCAUUCACAACUGUUCAAGUUUGAGAAUAGGCAUGGUCUUUUCAAUGUACACAUUGUAUGUUCGAAUAGCUUAAACGUUUAAACAGUAUUUCACGAAUUCUUUCUUUUAUCAUGUGGGCUGAUACUAUUUUAAUCGUAUUUAUUAGUAUUUGUACAGCUUUAUUAGGAGAAGGUUUAACAUGGUUGAUGGUUUAUAGAACAGAAAAAUACCAAAAAUUAAAAGCUGAAGUAGAAAAACAAAGUAAAAAACUGGAAAAAAGAAAAGAAGCACAUGGAGAUUCAUUAGAUAAACAACAAAAAAAAAAGAUUGAACGGGAAGAAGAAAGAUUAAAAAACAAUAACAGGGAUUUGUCUCUUGUAAAAAUGAAAUCAAUGUUUGCAAUUGGAUUUGCAUUCACAGCUCUCCUAAGUAUGUUUAACAGCAUUUUUGAUGGCAGAGUUGUGGCAAGGUUGCCUUUUGUACCCAUUAGUUGGAUACAAGGUUUAUCACAUAGAAACCUUCCAGGAGAUGACUAUACGGAAUGUUCAUUUAUUUUUUUAUAUAUACUGUGCACCAUGAGCAUUAGACAGAAUAUUCAAAAAAUGCUUGGAUUUGCACCCUCUAGAACUGCAAGUAAACAGAGUGGAAGUAUUUUUGGUCCACCACCUCAACAAUUUAAAUGAACUUAAAUCAAUAUUAUAUUGUAAAUUCAAUAUUUUAUGAUUCAUUGUGUAAUUAUUAUUUAAAUUUUGAUACCAUACUUGGUAAAUAUUUAAAUGUUUAUGAAUGACCAAUAUAUGAUAAAUAUAAACCUAAUGUAUAUGUUAUAUUUGUUAAGUAUAUUUAAUUACAUAUAUAAUGAAUAUAUAUUCAAUACUGAUGCUUCUUUUUUAAUUAAACUUUAUAUGAUACAUUAUAUCAAUGAACAUUAUAAAAUUAUUAACGUUUCAAACAAAAUUAACGAAAUAGACAAUUAUAAACACAAAAACGAUGUUUUGAUGUUACAGUAAAAAGGUAAAUUAGAAAUAUUUAAAAAUAAAUGGAGAAAAAAUGUUAUAAAGGAAGUCUUUCAAUUUAAUAAUGCAGCAUAUUUUAGAAAAUAGGUAUGACUCAUGUAUUCCAUCAAGCAGCUCUUAUACAACAAUGUUAUAUACAAACAUAAUGAUCAAUCAUAUACAAAAAAAUAACCACUACCUUUAAUUCAUAAAAAAUAUUUAAUACAACAAUAGUAUAUCAGUGAUCUAUUUCAUGGAGCACAUGACCAAAUUUAUAAGUGAAAAUGUACUCUAUGAAUAUUAGAUCUCUUUGAAUUUAACUACUUUAAAUCAUACAUACACA